GGACUUGGUACAAGCAUAGUGAAAUUAGAAGUAGCAGCUUAUUAGAAGUAUUAAUGGACAGUUGAAAGUACAGUAGUGCAGGACAAUAUAUAAAAAUUCUCCAACCUUGUUGAGGGGACCAGUAACUUUAAACUUACCAUACUGAUCAAUCUUUACGAGUGUAAUUACUGACUCUAGUUCAUCUGUUGCUAAAAAAUUGUCAAGCACCCUCUAGCACAUGUGUGUGGUGAAGUGGUGAUGCGCAGCAAACGGCUAGAUGAAGUAGGUCACCUACAUAGUGACCUACACGGUUUUACGUGGCACAUAAAAUUAAAAUGGCUAGUGAGUGUGUGAACUGAUGAACUCAUGCCAAAAUGCAUAAAGCAGAAGAGAUCUUAUUAUUCUUAAUAAAUGCUCAUCUAGUCUGUCUGAAGGGAUCAUUCAGCUUUCGGUCAUGAACGUAAGCUGUUCCUUCAGCAGGAUGAUGGAGGACGUAGCCGCCGUGUCAGAGGCUCCAGCUGAGGAUGAUGAGGUCGCAGCAGCCCAGUCUUCUAGAGACAGUCGAAAGCUUGACUGCAUUAUCUGUUACAGCGCCUACAACCUGGUAGAGAGGCUUCCGCGGAAGCUCUACUGUGGCCAUACGUUCUGUCAGGACUGCCUGAGACGACUAGAUACGGUCAUCAACGAACAGCUGUGGAUCCCUUGUCCUCAGUGUCGUCAGAACACUCCUGUACCUCGAGGAGGUGCCGUUGGGCUGGACCUGGACUUGGCUGCGUUUUUGGGUGUCAAAGCUGAGGUGGAGAACCAGCGAAGCAGCCCGCAGAAAGCCCCUCUGGAGACCAAGCUGUCGUUUGUUAAGCAGCCAAUCACAGAUCAGCCUCCGUCUGCUUGGCCCAACAUGGCGCUGACUGAGCCGCGCUUCCACACGAGUCCCUGCUGUAGACACUGCCGGUUCUGCUUCUGGUGGUGUUAGAACCACAAGAACAUCUAAGCGCACUACAACUGCAGGUCUUUAAAACUUAUGAAAUGGAAGCUGGGCUCCUCACUGAAACAUCUUGAAUAAUGGUAAUUAUGUGUAAACAUUUUGGGAGGACACAUGAGGGCAAGAAAGUAAAAAAAGUCAAAUCAGACUGGAUUUAAAUGUUAAAAUUGUUUAUGUUUUUGAAAAGAAUCGCAUUUUAAGGUGAGUUUGGUGAAAGAAAAAGGUACAAAGAAGCUAAAGAGAUAUUUAAAUUAUUAUUUAUUAGACUUUAAUGUGAUGUAGAGAUAUUUAUUUUUAAAUACCAAUUUUGAAUACUAGGCCAGGACUUUGAAAAUUACGUUCUUAUAGGAAAAAAAAAAAAAAAGUUAAAUCUAGUAUCCUUAAGAAUGAAUUUUUUUUGGUUUGUGUUUCCUUAUAAGAUAAGGUUCCUAAAGUGUAGAAACCCUUUAGGAAGCUAAGAACACUCUAAGCUAUCUAUAGAACUGCUUUGGGAACCCUUUUACUCGAAGAGUCUACAGUAAUUAGCGGUUCUAAACUGUUCUGUAAGAUGUGCUCGAU